AUGGUUGCUGCAAUUGAUGCAGCGGCGUAUCAAUGUCUGGUGCCUCUACUCGAGACAGAGGUGGAGAUCGAUGACACGCCGACAGGCAGCGCAGAUGAGAUGAACUACGAAGCAUUCAAGGACCUCGCCCAUGAUACACCCGGAACGUGCUAUAAAUACGUAUGUAAGCUUCUGAUAAAGCGCCUUGUCGCACGUUUUGUAGCAUCUAAAGCUGAGUUUGUUACUGAAGCACCAUGGCAGGGUGUGGUUGUGAAUGAGGUUACGGCAUCCGAAGGAUGGACAUACGAGUACUGUGAAGGUGAGCGAAUCAAGCAAUUUCAUCACACCGACGACGGCACCACAUUAUCUUACACUUUGGGCAACUUUGAGAACGCUUCGUCAAAGCAAUGGUACGUGGAUGAACCCGUCGAAGUGUCGUUGCAGAUCACUUACAAGGGUAGGUUGGUUGGAACAGCUCUCUCUGCUUCCAUCAACACGCUGGCAGCUUCACGAUCAUCCUGUGGGAGGAGUGGAUUGCCCUAUGACCCGUACUUCAAAGUAGAGGGUGCCUACAGCGAACAGUGCGAGGAGGACGACAGUCUCUGCAGUGUCGGCGACCUGAGCAGAAGUGCGGGAUCUCUGAGUUCAGACAAUCUGGUGAUGAACUCAGCCUAUCUGAUAAAUGCCGAUGUCAACAAUCUGGAGAAUAAAUCGUUCGCCAUACACAAACAAGACGGCGAGAAUAUCGCGUGUGCCACUAUCACCAAAGACGCAGUGGGACCAGACUACACUGCCAGACUGGUCUUCAAUGCGUGCGUUGUUGUUCUCACACAAAACACACGAAUCCCCUCAACCAGGUUUACGGGCGGUGAUCUGGUGGGCAGUAUAAAAACCUCAGCAAGUGCCAACACGGACGACGGCCUCCCUGUCACCAAUGUGAUGGUUAACUUAGUCAACCGUGUGGAGAAGUUCAAGGAAUAUCGAUGGUACAUCCGUGAUUUGUCCGUCCCCAAUGGCCAGAACUCCAUGUGCGGAGAUCUAGGGCCCAUCUACGACCCGGAGGGCAAAAUACAGAACAGCUACAACACUGGAUGCGAUGCCGAUGCAGUCAACUGUGCUGUGGGCGAUCAACUGCGACGUAUGUCCGGUGAUCUGCGUGUGGUGGAAGAGGUGCUGGAUCUACAGGGCCACUACACAACCAAACUGGCCCUCACAGCAGUUGUUCCGGUGGAGAGCAUGCCGCUGUACGGCAAGGACACCAUUGCCGGACGUUCAGUGGUGGUGCUGCAGAACGGCACAUACAUCGCCUGUGCCACUCUGCAAGCGGUGGAUAUCCGGGACCCCGAUGACUACGCAGGUAGUGUGGAGGAAGACCCGCGGCAGUUCCUGGUAGACAAUGGAGUGCUAGAAGAGCUUGAGCACGAGUACAACCCCCACGUGCUGGGUAUAGCCCUGGGUGUGUUGUUUGGUUUGAUUGGGCUGGUGCUGUUCAUUGUACUCAUCUGCUGGGAUAAGCGUCGUCGUGAACAGGCCAAGGAAAUGAAAUCGUCUCGGGGUUCCUACAACGAUGACUCGUGUAUGUCGGUGUCGCGUAAGUCGUCUCUGCCCAGGAAUUCCUUGGUUGCUAGAACUAAGUCCUUCAUUAAGUCCAAACGAAGCAGUGGUAGUGUGGGCAACACACACAUGGACGACAUGAGAUCAGCAAACUCAAUGGAGGUGCCUGACACCCCCCCCAAGAGCCGCACAGUGGCCGAAAGGUCAAUCAACUUCUUCAGUGCGGCAGCUGCAAAGUUAAAGUCCAGCAAGAAGUCUGAGGAUCAUCAGUACGACAACGUUAAACAGGGACCUCCCGCCUGUGACGUUGGCGAUGACUUUGAGGAGAUCCGCGAAGUGACAUACGCACAGACGCCCGACAUUGCUCGAGGAGAGACCAAUGCCAAUAUCAGCACAAAGCAGUUUGAGAACAUGACUAGCGCGCCCGUUCCCGUUCAUAGCUCACACGCAUCCGUCACUGCGGGGCCCUCCAGCUACAACGGACAGUACAACCACCCGCCAUACACCAACCGAGACAGUAGGUACCCCCACAACAGCCAGCAAGCCAACCCAUCGCAUGCGGGUGUACAGGACCCGUUGGGCUAUGCCAGUAGUAACGGUCUAAGCGGAAGCAGCAGUGUGAUAUCCUACAAUACCCCACCCACCCCACACGCACUCUCGGCCGAGUCAUCACAGAUGGGCGCAGCACCCGCUGCCCAUACCAACGACGCUCGGCUGAGGUAUCAGGCAUCACCGUAUGUGGGGCCCCAGAGAUCACAGACCGCUGAGACGCCCUACAAAACGACCCCACAGCUGACUCAGAGGACUUCGGCAGACCACAUGCCUAGCACACACUCACAGGAUGCUGCGGGUAACCAUGCGGCUGGUAAUGGCUUCUAUGAUGUCUAGACCGUCGCACCGGCACAGUGUAACUUAAGGGAAAGUGGUGCAUGGACAGUCCCAUUGAAAACUCACGGGGGAUCAGUUUGAAGUAGCGUUGCCUCACUGUAUAUAUCCUUCAGUGAUCUGGAAAGUCCCCAGAGAGCAGUCUUUGCUGUGGUCCUUUAGGGUUUAGAUUUCAGGGUUUACUCGCUCAGCUAAGCACUUUUCUUGCACAGCAGCGACGGAGAGACACCAAAAAGGAUAACACAUUCAACCCACCAGGACGCAACUACACAAACUGCACUACACCAACAUGUAAAUAUAUAAAUCGAAAUUCACUGUGAAGAUAUGGUCGAAAUAGUGAUCGAGGAUCAAACCACAGAUAAAAAUAUCAGAAC